GGGCCUGUGCCAUACUUUAUUAACUGUUCACAUUCUCUGAAACACUGGAGUUUUAGAAAUUCUGGCACUUCUUUUUGCGUGAUCAACGAAUUAAACCGAAAUAAGGACAAAUACAGCGCAGUUGCCGCUACAGUGCUGUCUGUAGCAAUGACCCGGAAAUAGAAGCAGCACAGGUUAGACUCAGUUGUGCUUUUCUCCGAAGCACUCUGCUCCGGUAGGUGUUGAAAUGUAAUGAAGACGUAAAUCGUUUUCAGUGGUUUAUUUUAUUUAUAUACAGUAGCUGUGAUGAACUUGGCAGUGGGGACAAGGGUGUUUUGUACAUUGUUUGUUACGCUUUACGUUUUUGCAUCACGUCAGAUCUUCGCUGGUGGUUCAGCGGAGAAUGGGGGUCCUGCAGAAUUUCCUUCACCAGAGGAAUCCCAUUUAGAUUCCCGGCCGGAAAACCUUCCCAAAUUUGUGGAUGCAGACGACGGGGAGCCUUUAUUUAAAGCCCAGGGCGCUGUGCAGUUUAAGACUGCGGAGAUUGCAGAUGCAAUGCUUAGGACAGAGAAUGCAGAGCAUGCAGCCUCCUCUCAGUUGGGGGUGCUUACGCUAAUCCCAGGAGAUGCAGAGGCUGAAUCUGAUGCCAGAGAUGCUACUACCUGCAAGGCUCACGAAACCCUGGCUUCUUUAGCACAGUCUUUUAAUGAGGAGAGUUCGGAAGAGACUGAAGUUGUUAGGCUGGGAAUCGUGCACGCAGAAGAAAACAACGCAACUGAAACACCAAAGACGCCUAAAGUGAACUGUGCAGAGAGAAAUGUAACCGUGCUGGACAGCCUCACUGUGCAAAUUCUAAAUGCUUCACAGGAUCUGAUGGAGUUUCUAAAUGCCAAUGGCAGCGAGUGCUCCCUGGUAUUGUUCUACACCACAUGGUGUCACUUCUCAGCUUCCCUGGGUCCUCAUUUCAACGCCCUGCCACGUGUGUUUCCAAGUAUGCACUUCCUAGCACUGGAUGCCUCCCAGCACAGCAGUCUCUCCACUAGGUUUGGCACAGUUGCUGUUCCCAACAUCCUCCUGUUUCAAGGGGUGAAACCAAUGGCCAGGUUUAACCAGACGGUGCGGACCCUGGGAACUCUGAAGGCAUUCAUCGUGAACCAGACUGGAGUAGAAGGCAAGGCUGAGGAGGAAGUAACCGAGCAAGACCUGUCCGGGCCCCUACCCAGCAUCCCUGUCAGGAGCAUCGACUGGCUUCUAGUCUUCUCCAUCAUGUUUAUUACAGGCUUUCUGAUUUACGCAUUACUGCGCACUGACAGCGUCCGUUGGCUGAUGCCUGGGCAGGAGCAUGAACACCAGGACUGAAACAAGACCGGCUGUUAAACUGGAUGCACUGUGCAGCGCUUUCAUUAAUGAGCCAGCUGAGGAAGGCAAAGUCGACCCCAAUAAAAUGUGUUACACUUCAGUCAAAUCAUACCUAAUAAGCCUGCUGCUUUUUCAUGGUGUGUUUAAUGUGUUGGGUGCAUGUACACAAAUAAAUGUUGUUUUAAAGG